AUGUUCGGACUCACCUUCUCGCGUUGGUACCUCUUCGGCGCAGCCUUCGUCGUGCAGUUCUGCAUUGGCUGCAUCUACUCCUGGUCGGUGCUCAACCACCCCAUCGACAUGGCUGUCUAUGACAAUCCCACGAAGGGGCGUGCAGUGAACGCCUUCUACAUUGCUAUCGGUGUCUUUGGCGUCGCGACUUCUCUAAUGGGCUCUACCAUCGAACGCAAGGGCCCCAGGUGGGGUGUCUUCAUUGGCACAACAUUGUUUAUGAUCGGCCACAUCGUCACGGCUCUCGGAGUCCAUUACACGUCCAUCGCCUGCAUCUACGUCGGCUACGGCGUCAUCACUGCCACGGGUAUGGGCAUGUGCUACAUUUCGCCCGUGUCAACACUUCAGAAGUGGUUCCCCGAUUACCGUGGUACUGCCGCUGGUUUCGCUGUUGCUGGUUACGGCGCCGGCUCCGUUGUGUGGAGCAAGGUGUACCUGCCCACCAUUGACGCUGUGGGUCUUCCCUGGAUGUUUGUCCUGCUUGGUGGCAUUAUGAGCGUUGCUAUGUUUACUUCUGCCCUGGUUCUUCGAGUGCCUCCCCCUAACUACACUGUCAAUGGCCUCGACAUCCACGGUGACCGUGUCGACGAGAACAUUCUGGGAGAGAAGCUUGACGGCAGCUACAGGGCAGUCCAGACGCCCACUGGCGCGGAUCACGAGGUCUCAGCCAGUUCGUCAAUCAAGAAGCUGACGCUCAAGCAGGCCCUUUUGACGCCCGACUUCGUUUUCAUGUACCUCAUGUUCUUCGCCAACCAGCUUUUCGGUGUCAUUGUGCUGUCCCGCCUCUCCAGUAUGUGUACCGACAUCUUCAACAAGAGCGCCGGCACUGCUUCUGAUAUUGUGUCUAUCAACAGUGCGUUCAAUUGUUGUGGCCGUCUUGCCUUCCCCGCCAUGUCGGAUGUGCUUGUCCGCUACCUCAAGAUCGAAAAGACGUUUGCCCGCAAGGUGCUGUACUACUUCACUCUGGGUGCCCAGGUUAUCGUGAUCGGCUCGCUACCUACGAUUAUCCGCCACGACAGCUACACGCUCUUUGUGAUUGAGAUCUUCGUGCUAACGUGCAGCUACGGUGGUGGAUUCGGUACUAUUCCGGCUUUUGUCGCGGACAUGUUCGGCGCCUACAACAUUGGUCCAAUGCACGGUAUCAUUCUGACGGCUAUGGCUAUUGGCGGUGUCGCCGGUGGACUAAGCUUCAACCACGCGUACAACGACAAGAUUGCUGAUGGCAUGCCUGUGGGCGAGGCCUACAUUGACAACAUUCAAGGCAUCUUCGUUGUUGUGUGCAUUGGUUUCGCUGUGCUGUUCUUGGUGCGCACGACUGCCAAGGACCGCUUCGAGCCAGGUUACCACUAUUCCGUUUGCGGCAAGCGCGUGAUUAGCAUUCAGCCCAAGGAGAAGGAUGUGAUGAAGCAGCAGGAGGCUGAAGCCGCCACUGCCGCUGAAAAGCUUCCUGAGACUGCUGUGUAA